AUGAAGCUUGAUGCAAAGAUGCUACGAUAUAUGAAUACGGAAGAAUUCCGUGUUCUAACAGCUGUCGAAAUGGGGUCCAAAAAUCAUGAACUUGUACCUACGUCUCUUGUUGCUCAAAUUGCGGGUUUACGUCAUGGUGGUAGUCAUAAAAUACUUGGGGAAUUAGCCAAAAAGAAUCUUGUUUCCAGAGUUACAAAUGCAAAAUGCAAAUUAACAUAUGGUGGUUAUGAUUAUCUUGCCUUGAAAACUUUUGCUAAACGAGGAAGCGAGUUAAUUGUUAAUGCAAGUUUUAUCCAUAUAGAUGUAUACAUUGUUGCAGACGAAAAUGAAAAUCAAUUUGCCUUAAAAAUACACAGACUUGGCCGAAUCUCAUUUCGAGCAAUAAAAUCGAAACGUGAUUAUCUUCAAAAACGAAAAUCAGCAUCUUGGAUGUACAUGUCAAGAUUAGCAGCUAUGAAAGAAUAUGCAUUUAUGAAGGUUUUAUAUGAAAAUAAAUUUCCAGUUCCAGAGCCAAUCGACAAUGUCCGGCACUGUGUAGUGAUGGAACUAGUUGAUGCUUAUCCAUUGCGACAAAUAACCGAUGCGCGAGAUCCAGGCCAACUCUAUUCUGAUUUGAUGAAUUUAAUCGUUAGACUAGGCCAAUACGGUCUUAUUCAUGGAGAUUUCAAUGAGUUCAAUAUCCUUGUGAAAGAAAAUGGGGAACUCGUGUUAAUAGAUUUCCCACAAAUGGUAUCCACUUCGCAUCCUGAUGCAGAAUGGUAUUUUAACCGUGACGUAGAAUGUAUUCGCACUUUUUUUAAGAGGAGGUUCAAUUAUGAGAGUACGUUGUAUCCAAAAUUUAAGUUCGAUGUAAGUCGAGAAUUCAGUUUGGAUGUACAAGUUGCCGCAAGUGGAUUUACUAAACAGUGUCAACAAGAAUUGGAAUCGUAUCAAUUAGAAUUAGGAGAAUACCCAAAAAGUUCUGAUAGUGAACAAGAACUUGAUGAGAGUACUCAAGAUGAAACAGACGAAUCUACCGAGACUGAAAGCAACCCUAUGAAAAAUACCAAUAUUAAUGACGUAUCAUCAUUGGAAGAUAGAGAUCCGGUGAAUACCGAUUCUGAAGAUAUUUCAGCAGAUAUAGAAUCAAUCUCAAUAGAAAAUAAUCAUGAUGUAAAUUCUGAAAUUGAUACAGAACCUUUAGACAAUCGUAAUUAUAAAGUUUACGAGAGUAUUAAAAGGCCUUUAAAUUCCACAAACAAUCGCCUUACAGAGUCAGACAUAAAAGAACGUGUCGCAAGAUCAUUAAAAAAGACAACAAAAAACAAAACCAAAAAUAAGCAGCAUUCUACAAGAAAUAAUAUUAAAGUCAAAGAAAAAAGAAGGGCUAGAGAUAUAGCAAAAUACGAUGGUAAAGACAGUGGAAUCUGGGG